GACAAAUACGUUGGUAUGGGGGAUUAUGUGGACAACCUUGAAGUAACGAGUGCUGGCCAGGAUAUAACCAAUGCUUUCACGGAGAGCGGAGAAUACCUGACGACCGCUGUCGCCUCGUCUCUCGAACUUAAUAUCGGUGUUGCUAACGUUGAAUCAGAUGUCACAGUGGAAACCUUCUCGGUCAAAAUCGAGGCAGAUACUCCUGGAGCUAAAAUUGAAAGCGUCGAAUUGGUGUUAUUGCAGGAGGAUGACACUACGUUGACAACUCUGACUCUAGAGCCUGUGUCCCUUACUGGGCCCACAUUUAGAAGUGUGACGGGCGAUUUCCCGGCAGAUUUUACAACUGGGAGAAUGCUUUUACGCUUAGAGAGUGACAUAGAAACGACUUUCAAGUUAUCUGACUUGCUCAUUAAGGCUUGUUUCGAACCAAAAGGCACUACUCCGUCGCCGACAGGGCCAGGAGUACCACCACCAGGACCAACCACACAAGCACCAGGAGCACUACUCCGUCGCCGACAGGACCAGGAGUACCACCGCCAGGACCAACCACACAGGCACCAGGAGUUGGCACUACUCCGUCGCCGACAGGACCAGGAGUACCACCGCCAGGACCAACCACACAGGCACCAGGAGUUGGCACCACUCCGUCGCCGACAGGACCAGGAGUACCACCGCCAGGACCAACCACACAGGAACCAGGAGUUGGCACCACUCCGUCGCCGACAGGACCAGGAGUACCACCGCCAGGACCAACCACACAGGCACCAGGAGUUGGCACCACUCCGUCGCCGACAGGACCAGGAGUACCACCGCCAGGACCAACCACACAGGCACCAGGAGUUGGCACUACUCCUUCGCCGACAGGACCAGGAGUACCACCACCAGGACCAACAACACAGGCACCAGGAGGUGGCACCACUCCGUCGCCGACAGGACCAGGAGUACCGACCCCAGGACCAGCCACACAGCCACCAGGAGUACCGACGCCAGGACCAGCCACACAGCCACCAGGUGUACCAACGCCAGGACCAGCCACACAGCCACCAGGUGUACCAACGCCAGAACCAACCACACAGGCACCAGGAGUUGGCACUACUCCGUCGCCGACAGGACCAGGAGUACCACCGCCAGGACCAACCACACAGGCACCAGGAGUUGGCACCACUCCGUCGCCGACAGGACCAGGAGUACCACCGCCAGGACCAACAACACAGGCACCAGGGUUUGGCACUACUCCGUCGCCGACAGGACCAGGAGUACCACCGCCAGGACCAACCACACAGGCACCAGGAGUUGGCACCACUCCGUCGCCGACAGGACCAGGAGUACCACCGCCAGGACCAACCACACAGGCACCAGGAGUUGGCACUACUCCGUCGCCGACAGGACCAGGAGUACCACCACCAGGACCAACAACACAGGCACCAGGAGUUGGCACUACUCCGUCGCCGACAGGACCAGGAGUACCACCGCCAGGACCAACCACACAGGCACCAGGAGUUGGCACUACUCCGUCGCCGACAGGACCAGGAGUACCACCGCCAGGACCAACCACACAGGCACCAGGAGUUGGAACAAGAGCAGUAG